AUGAGGCAAGGAAAGGAGGAGGGGCACCAGAUGCGAGAGAAAAGGAGGAAGAAAGAGGACCGGGAGGGAUACGAGUGGGUAGGAAAGAAGGCGGGAAACGAGCAGCAGGAAUUGUACGAGACGCAAGCGAGCAGGGAGAGGGAAGGGAACGGAGUGGAGGAGCAUCGAGGGGGGAGGUCAGAGCACCGUAAAGCAGGGCCGAAAGCAGAGAGGGGGGGAGGAGGCGAGAGCAGCAAUGAGGAUGGGGAAGAGAGGAAGAGAGGGAAGAGGGAGGAUGUAAAGAGAAGGAGGAUAGGAGGAGAGCAGAUGAGAGAGAGAGAAAGGGACGAGGGGAGGGGGGGCCGAAGAGGGCAGGGGCGUCGACAAGGGAAGCGACGAAGAGGGAAAGGCGAUAGAAGACCAAGGAAGCGAGGGAGGGGACCUCAAGGGAGCAAAAGGGCGGACAAGGAAGUAAGGAGAGAGGACAGGGCAGAGGAGGGAACGCAAAGUAAAGAGGGGACAAAGAGGGGAAGGAGAAGAACCGGAGCAGGGGAGAGAGGAGAUAAGAGGGAGAGGACGAGGGCACGGGAAACGGGGAAGGACGGGGAGGGAAAAAGUCGAAGGGGAAAAGUAGAAAAAGAGGAGAUGGGGGAAGGAAAAAGGAGGACUACGGAGGAGGAGACAAGGCGACAAAGGACAGACGGGGAAGAGGAGGAGGAGGAUGUAGGAGGAGGAGGAGGAGGAGGAGAGAGGGAGGAAAUAAGACUGGGAGGGACAAGGGAAACAGGACACCAGGAAAGGGAAAGGGAAAAACAGGGCGGCAAAGGAGCAGAAGCGCGCGGCAUAAGGGAUGAGGAGGACGAUGGAGGGAGAGGGAGGAGGAAUGCUGAGGAGGAGGACGGGAGGAAGGGAGAUGGGAGAGAGAAAAGGAGGAGGGAGGAUAAGGAGAUGAGGAGGGUGAGGGGAGGAGGGAGAGGAGAGCAGAAGGAGGAGGAAGGUGGGAGGAGUAGGAGGAGGAGGAGGAGAGAAGAGAGAAGAGGCAGAGGGCAGAGGAGGAGGAGGGGGAGUGGGAGGAGGAAAGGAGGAAGUGAGGAGGAGUAG